GUUGUAAUAUCAACUAUAACUAGGUCGGUUCAAGUGCGACUGGUCGGCCCGCCCACCUAACUGAACAGCUGAACUGCCGACUUGUGCGCUUGUUUGGUGGGUCGAUUAGAUGGCACGAAAGAAGACUUCGCAACAGGCAAAAAGCAAGUCAAAGAAGAAGACGAAGAAGAACGGCGCCGAAGCAGCCGGGGGAGACGCUGGCGGGGGCCAAGCUCGCCGCAGCACGACAUGUGCCGGCCCGGUACCCAACCUGUUCUGGGGCGCCGUCUCAGCAACAGAGCUGCGAGCCCGGACCCGCUUCAUCCCACUGCCGACCGCAGAUGUCGUAUUGCCUCUCGCUAACCCUGCGGCGGCGCGAUUCUUGCGACAGGAAACGGCUGCAUGGCGGGCGCUCCAUACUGGCGUCUUGACCACGGGGCAGCUGAAGGAGGCGCUGGGACUGCGGGAGGCGGCCGCAGCGAGAGUGGUGGGCGGGCGAAAAGAUAGCAGUCACCAGCCGCUCAUGGCGGCUGCAAAGCUGCUUCAGAUUCCGCACGCGCUGCCGCCGCCGUGUGGCGCUGCUGCGGAGGCCGCGUGCCGCCGCCGCGCUAUGGACGGGCUGUGCGCCCAGCUGCAGCUGCGGCUGCCUGGUGGUGGCGGCCAGACGCCCGCUGGGGCUGGGGACGAGCAGGCAGCAGCUGCUGGCGACGGUGACGACGCCCCCCUGAGCCAGGAAGAGCAGUACAGGCGUAGCGCUGCUGCGCUGUCGUCCGGCGGGCUGAUGGGCGUGCGCUGCGCCUGGGGCAAGACUCAGGAGGCGGCGGCCCUUGCCGCGCUGCUGCACGUGUUCCCCAGCUGUACGCUGCAUGAGGUCGGCAUGUGCUGCGUGCCCGAGGUCGACGUCCCGCUGGACUUGUUUCCGCUCGCCGCGUCCCCGGACGCCAUCAUCGCUCACCACCUGCUACUGCCUCAGGAGUAUGUGCAGCGGCUGCAGCACGGCAUACAGCAACAGCAGCAAGCCGCCGCUGCCGCAGCGUGCGCGACAGCAGCUGCGGCUGCAGAUGGCGGGGACCCGGAGGAGUCUGUUGCGGCAGCCGCGGUAGCGGCGACCCUGGCUUUCCGCCAGCAGACCCAGCGGCUGCGGUGGCAGCUGCGGGAGCUGCUGGAGCUGGUGCCCAUGGCCCGGGCGGCGGGGGAGGCCGAGGAGGCCGAGGAGGCCGAGGAGGCCGAGGAGGAGGAGGAGGAGGGCGGCGGCCGGGAGGAGGAGGAGGAGGAGAAGGAUGGCGGCCGGGAGGAGGCGGCAGAGCAGCAGGCUGCACAUGAAAGUGACACGGAUGACGGAGAGGACGAAGAUGGCGGGGAGGACCAGGAGGUCGGAAGCGGAGGGGUUGACGGACUGGCCGGAGGGCAGGGGGCAGCGGGCGGCAACGACGUCGAGCUGGGCUGUGGCAGCGGCCAUGGCGGCAGUGACAGCGACGAAGGCGAGGAGGUGUCAGUGCCGGAGGCAUCCUCUGAGGCGCUGAGCCCAGGCGCGGACGCGGGCGACUCUCCACCGGAGGCACAGGCUGAGAGUAACGGGCGCAGUGGCGGCCUGGACUCCAGCAGCAUGGGCCAUGGGGCUGUGCUCGAGCACUUGGAGGUGCUGACGCGGGUUCUAGGACGAGCCCUGGCUGCCGCCGCCGGGGCUGCUGCUGCGACAGGCGCGGUGGCGCCCGCGCUGACACCAACGCGCAGCACGCCAAACAAGAGCGGGGGCGCUGACGCGAGCACUGGCGCAGCGGCUGCGGAGGAGGAGGAGCCACACAGAGCGCUGCUGGCCGCUGUGCUGGAGAGCAGGCUACCAGCUGUGGUGCUGUGCGGUGACUGCGGCGGUCGCGGUUCAGCAGGGGGGCAGGAGGCAUCCUCCGCAGUGCUUGAGCCGUUCGGGGCGCAGCAAGGGACACAGGGGGCCGCCGCCCAUCACGAGUCGGGUCCAUCGGGAGCUGCGGGAGCGGAGAUGCGGCCUCACCUGUGUGGCUGUGCCGCUUGGAAAAGUCUCUCCGCCACGGCCAACGGGGCGGCAUCUGCGGAGACGGGGGCAGCGGCUGGCAGCGGCGCCGCUAGCCACGCCAACGUCUGCAGUGGGCUACAGCAUGUGGUGCUUCGGGAGGUGGUGGAGGUCAAGAGCACGUGCCCUUUCGGCAUGCGCCAGGUGCGGCGCGGCGGCAAGGGCCGCGUGCACACAGAGCUGGUGCUCAGCGACCCGGGGCCACGGCACGCGGUGCCGGCGGCCUGGGUGCCGCAGCUGCAGCUGCACAUGCUGGCGGCAGGCUGCCAGAGCGCCCUGGUGGUGUCCAGGUCUGCUAGCAAGGGGAUGACGGUGUUCCGGCUUCUGCGGGACGACGAGUACCUGCAGCGCAUGAUCAAGGUGCUGACCAGGCUCAACAACGAGUAUGUGCGGCGCGGCCUGACGCCGCCGCCCGACAUGUUUGCCCGCCAGCCCGACUACUGCGCCUUCCUGGGCAUCACCGCCCGACUGGCACGGCACGCCAUACCGCUGUACCCAGGCCGCGGAGUGUGGCGGCCGCCCGCAGAGGAGGCGCUGAACCGGGACGACGCAUUCAUAUGCCGCCCCGUGGAGCAGUGACGGACCAGAGCUGCAAAGCAAACAGCCAUGUGCGCCCGAGAGUUCUUGUGGGAAGGAUGUAGAGGAGCAGUGCCAUCUAGGGAGGAUUUAGUGAAUGCUGGCACGGCCGCAGGGGUACUGGGUGCUAGGGCAGGGCUAGGUAUGCUGGCCAUGUGAUACCACGUCUGAUGCCGUGAGCAUCAAGAAGUUGUAACAGUUGCUUCAG